AUGACGGAUUCUACGACAAAAACACAAGCGGUGGCAUCGAAGAGGAAAUGGAGCAAUUUAUCAAAAUACGCAUGUCGCAUAUACUUUUUCCUCAUCAUUCUUCAGGUCCCUCUUUUCAGGGUUCCCUGUAGAUCUGGCAUGUGCACAACUCCAUUGCAGGUUACAUCUUCCCAGUUGAUUGCCAGCGAAAUCGUUCCUGUUCCGGUGGUGAAGGGCCUUCUCUAUCCAGGAGCCAUUGUCAAUGGUCUCAUCCGUAAUAUGACUAUUCCAAGUUGGGAAAAUCUGCUGAGCAUCUAUAAUUUAACUGGCAUAAAGGAAGCCUCUGCAGUAACUGACCUACAGCGAUUGGAGGUUCUUGCUGGAAGUUACUUCUCAGUGGCUGGUGCACUAAUUGGCCUCUUAAAACCCGGGAGGAUGAGCAUGUUUGGAACUCUUCUAGUCAUAUGGGGCCUUGUCAAGGAAGGGAUUCUAAAAAAGCCAGCAAGCACAGAUCCAACAAACGCAGUAUUUGUCUACCCAACUAUGUUAAUAGCACUGGUUUGUUCUCUCUUAUCUGUCAAAUAUGAUGUGAAGAAGGCAGUGAGAAGUGCUGCUGCUCGCCCCGUUGCAAAGCCUAUGCUCAGCUCUUCAAAAUCUAAGCUGAAAUGA